UAUUCAUGAGCAGGAGAAUGAGUACCCGUGGCAGCGGCAGGCAGCAGCCACUUAGACUAGGGAAAGAGCAAGGGAGAGGUGGUCGCUGCACCCUGCUCGGGAAGAUCUGACUUGGAUCACUCUACAUCAUUAUCCCCGUGUUGAACACCUGGAGACUGGAGAAGAGUGACUGAGGAGCUGGUGGGCUUAAAGAACAAUUUGGGGGUUUCGACCUAACUCUUGAGGUACCUCAGCAGAUACUUUGGAAAAAAUACAGAAGAGCGAGCGUGAGGCGGUGACACUUUUGGCAGAGUGGGAAGUGGGGGCGGGGAGAAGUGAAAACAGAAAGAGAGGGAAAAGGAGAGCAAGAAACAGAAGCGGAAAGGAAAAAAACAGAGGAACGGACUUCCCAGAAACAGCUCUCCAUGGCGGGUGCAGUGAUGUGAAGAGAGCUAGGCGCCCGGGGAGGGAGCCUCCGAGCCGCCGAGACUGAAGGUUUCUGAGGAGUACACUAUCUGGGAGAGGAUUGCAGAGUCAGGAGUGCUCCAAGAUAAAUGGUUUCUGAAAUACAGCAGCAACUAUCAGUAUGAACUGAAUUCUUGAAAUAAAGUUCAGAGAAAAGCAAAGUAGCAUUAUCUCUGGAAGAAAAGAAAAGGAAAUCAUCCUUCAAGUGGUCAGACUCCAAGCAGGAUCUUGUUUGAAAUAUCUAAGGGUCCAAUAAACUGAAGUUUUUCAACUCAAGGAAUUGCUGAACUCUAGUGAUUUUUCUUUUGCUUUACCUUUUGACACCCUGGCAAACCCAUGUGGACCUCUGGUAGAAUGAGCAAAGCAAAGAGUUGGCUUGGACUUGGAAUGUCCUUGUAUUUUUGUGGGUUGAUGGACCUUACAACCACGGUGCUGUCUGUCACUCCUACGCCCCUCAAAGAACUGGAAGUACAUCUGUUGGACAAGACACAUUUGCACCAUCGAAUGAAAAGAAGUUGGGUUUGGAAUCAAUUCUUUGUUCUGGAAGAAUACACUGGCACUGACCCUUUGUAUGUUGGCAAGCUUCAUUCAGAUAUGGACAGGGGUGACGGGUCUAUCAAAUACAUUCUGUCAGGAGAAGGAGCUGGGAUUGUGUUCACAAUCGAUGAUACUACUGGAGACAUCCAUGCAAUCCAGAGACUGGAUCGAGAAGAAAGGGCCCAAUAUACAUUAAGGGCACAAGCGCUGGACAGGCGGACAGGGAGACCAAUGGAGCCUGAGUCAGAGUUCAUUAUUAAAAUCCAAGACAUCAAUGAUAAUGAACCUAAAUUCCUAGAUGGACCUUAUGUAGCCACUGUGCCAGAAAUGUCCCCUGUAGGUACCUCAGUUAUCCAGGUGACAGCAACCGACGCUGAUGACCCAACAUAUGGGAACAGUGCCAGGGUAGUAUACAGUAUUCUUCAGGGUCAGCCAUAUUUUUCCGUGGACUCUAAAACAGGUGUAAUUAGGACAGCACUCAUGAACAUGGACAGAGAAGCAAAAGAAUACUAUGAAGUGAUUAUACAAGCCAAGGAUAUGGGAGGACAGCUUGGAGGACUGGCUGGAACAACCACAGUCAAUAUUACCCUCUCUGAUGUAAAUGAUAAUCCACCACGAUUCCCACAGAAGCACUACCAGAUGAGUGUGUUAGAAUCAGCUCCAGUUAGUUCUACAGUGGGCCGUGUAUUUGCCAAAGAUCUGGAUGAAGGAAUCAAUGCAGAAAUGAAGUAUACCAUUGUGGAUGGAGAUGGCCUGGACACCUUUGACAUCAACACAGAUCCAAGUUUCCAAGUUGGCAUCAUAACAGUUAGGAAGCCACUGAGUUUUGAAAGCAAGAAAAGCUACACCUUGAAAGUAGAGGGAUCCAAUCCCCAUCUGGAAGUUCGCUUUCUGAACCUAGGCCCUUUCCAAGACACGACCACAGUGCACAUCAGCGUGGAAGAUGUAGAUGAGCCCCCUGUAUUUGAUCCUGGCUUUUAUUUUGUGGAGGUGCCUGAAGAUGUAGAGAUUGGAACCACUAUACAGAUCAUUUCUGCCAAGGACCCAGAUGUGACCAACAACUCAAUCAGAUAUUCAAUUGACAGAAGCAGUGACCCUGGAAGAUUCUUUUAUGUUGACAUCACAACAGGGGCUCUUAUGACUGCAAGACCUCUUGACCGAGAGGAAAUCUCAUGGCAUAAUAUCACUGUCCUGGCUAUGGAAAUGAACAAUCCCACACAAAUUGGAAGUGUUUCUGUCACAGUAAAGGUUUUAGAUGUGAAUGACAAUGCUCCUGAGUUUCCCAGAUUCUAUGAAGCUUUUGUUUGUGAAAAUGCCAAAGCUGGGCAGCUGAUUCAGACGGUGAGUGCAAUAGACCAGGAUGACCCGCAAGAUGGUCAGCACUUCUACUACAGCUUGGCUCCUGAGGCAGCUAACAACCCCAACUUCACCCUUAGGGACAAUCAAGACAAUACUGCCCGGAUUCUUACCAGGAGAUCUGGCUUUAGACAGCAGGAACAGAAUGUCUUUUACCUCCCCAUCCUGAUUGCAGACAAUGGAAGGCCCAUGCUGAGCAGCACAGGCACACUGACGGUCCAAGUGUGCAGCUGCGAUGAUGAGGGGGAUGUGAUGUCCUGCAGUGCCGAGGCCUACAUGCUCCCGGUCAGCCUGAGCAGGGGGGCCCUCAUCGCCAUUCUGGCCUGCAUCUUUGUGCUCCUAGUUCUGGUGUUGCUUAUCUUAUCCAUGAGGCGGCAUAGGAAGCAGCCCUACAUCAUUGAUGAUGAGGAAAACAUACAUGAGAACAUUGUCCGCUACGAUGAUGAAGGAGGCGGGGAGGAAGACACGGAGGCCUUUGACAUAGCAGCCAUGUGGAAUCCGCGGGAGGCACAGACAGGGGCAGCAGCCAAGAUGAGGCAGGACAUGCUGCCCGAGAUUGAGAGCCUGUCUCGAUAUGUGCCUCAGACAUGCACCAUGGACAGCAACGUCCACAGCUAUGUGCUAGCCAAGCUCUAUGAAGCGGACAUGGAUCUGUGGGCCCCUCCCUUUGACUCCCUCCAGACGUACAUGUUUGAGGGGGAUGGCUCUGUGGCAGGGUCCCUGAGCUCCUUACAGUCCGUCACUUCAGACUCAGACCAGAGCUAUGAUUUUCUAACAGACUGGGGACCACGUUUCCGAAAGCUGGCAGAAAUGUAUGGUGUUACGGAAGGCAAUGGGCCACUGUGGUAACAAAUUGAUGGGGGAGAGGGGCCCACAGUGUUCCCACAAUGCAGUGCACGUCCAAAUACAAAUCCAUUCUCAUCAGAUGCUUCUGUGAACAUGGGUAUGGUCUUCUAAAAUAGCAAUACUGUGCUGGAGAGUGAGAACGGGGGAGGGGAGGGGAAAACAGCUCUCUGAAUCAGCUUUACUUGGAUAAAUCAAGUAACUGAAAGGUAAAACAAAAGAGAUGGGGGAAGGGGACUAUCCUUUUUUAUGGCUGUAUUUAAAUCUUUGGCAUCCAAUUGCUGUGGCAUUAUAGGGUUUCCUUUCACUGCAGAACUUUGCUGCCUGGAUCAUAAAGAAGCUUAUGGACACAGAUAUUAAUCCUCAACUCAAAAGGGGAGGGUGGGGGGAGUUAAAUAGCCAGCAGAGAUAUGGCCAUACUUCCACAUUCAUUUUAUUUUAUUUUCCAGUUAGGGAUUUUACUGGCUCACCAAACCACAGAAAUCAACCCGCACAAAAGAAAACAAGAAACUGAAGUCUCAGUAUUUUUGUGUGAAAUGAAUCUUACUUGUUCUGGGAUUUGUGAAAUUCUUAAAACAAACAAACACCCUUUUAAGACAAGGUUACGCUUCUAUCUGCCUUGCAUGAGGAAAGGGGCUGGGGCAGGGAGGGAGAGGGAAGAGAUGUUGACUUUGUGCUCAAGUUGAAUGGCUGAAGCAAGAGUCAUUGGCAUUAUUAGUAAUCCAUUUCUGAAAUGUUAGCCUAUGUUUAUUCUCCUCUCAGCUCUUUAACUGUGGUACUGCUAAACUGAUCAGAAUGAAACCAGAAAAGAAAUCUGCCUCUUUUGCACUGUAGAUGUCUCUUCCACGUGCCCAAUGUGAAGAUUAGAUGUUAUGAAAGAAAGCCAAAUAAGAAAGGUAUCUGAUGAUUACAUGGGUUAGAGGGCUUUCCUAAUCUGUGUGAGGUCAAGCCGAGGGAUGUUUACAUACUGUAGAUAACCUACUUGAACAAAUGCAGUAUUAUAGAAGAAUAAAUGGAUGUAAGAAAAUUA